CAUUGUUUUGUGUACAUAUGAUAAACAUGUCAAACAUAUAGAAAAUGGCAGUAAUGUAAUUUUUGACUUCAAGUAGUAAAUCCCACACAUUUAAAUCCAUGAUUAAAACAUCCCAAAAAACAAAGGAUUGUUACAAAUCCAUGAUGCCUCAAAUCCUUGAUAAAUUUUUGGGUUUUUAAAUUACAAAACCCUCAUUUUUAAAUCCAUGAAGCAAACGACCCCUUAGUUCACGUCCUACCAACAAUAGUUAACAAUCCACUUCACCCUUUCACGGUUUCACCCACCAAGUUCUCCAAAUGAUCAUUUUCCAAAACUAAUUAGAACUUAGAAGAAGGGAUGAGUAAUGAUUCGAUUCACGGCUUGUCAAAUUAACUAAAUUAGAUUCGACGAGAGUGAUACGAUUUCAAUCCCAAAUUUCUAACUCUUUUUAAUUUUGAGUAUAGCCAAAAGUAAAUAACAAAUAAAUUCUGACCACACCAAUGCAAGGUAUCAAAAACAUUUUUUUUAUAUUUGUUUUGGGAUUCUUUCAUUCAAAUCGAAUCUUGAAAGAUUCGGUUCGUUUUCGACCCACUCACUAGCCGAUACCCGGUUCGCCGGUUCAAUGCUGUUUUCCCGCAGGAAAUCUAGCUGUCGGUGGGAAACGAGUGGGCGGGUCCGAACCCGAGAGAGAAUAGAUUCCUGCAAUUUCCAGGCUGUUUAUGUCUGAUCAAACCCCAUCUCCACCGUCCAUCAUUUUCCGCGGCAAAAUCUGUACCGUCGAUCUUCACCAAACACUUCUCUCCUAAAAAAAAAACGCCAUGGCCACGUUAGGCUGGAAAACGACCGUCGAUCCAACACUCCCUUCGUUUAAUCUUCCUUCCAUCUCCUCCUUCCGGCUUCCACUCCUCACAGCAUAGAAAUCUCGAAUUCGUCUCUUCAGAUCCACUGUCGCAUUCCCCCGUCUUCUGAUUUCCGGAGGACGAUUGAGUAUGGCUGCUACUAAUCGGAGCGUUGCGGCAUUCUUGCUGCUGCUGAUGCUUUCCGUGGUGAGUUUGACGGCGGUGGUUCGCGGCGACGAUUCGGAGCCGGCGGUGGUGGUGAAGAAGGUGAAGGGAAAGAAGUACUGUACGAAAGGUUGGGAAUGUAAGGCUGCUUCCGUUUACUGCUGCAACGAGACGAUCUCCGAUUUCUUCCAGACUUACCAGUUCGAGAACCUCUUCUCCAAGAGGAACAGCCCCGUCGCUCACGCCGUCGGAUUCUGGGAGUACCGGUCCUUCAUCCUGGCUUCCUCGCUCUACCAGCCGCUCGGGUUCUGCACCACCGGCGGGAAGCUCAUGCAGAUGAAGGAGCUCGCCGCUUUUCUUGCCCAUGUCGGCAGCAAAACCACCUGUGGUUAUGGAGUGGCGACAGGAGGGCCGUUAGCUUGGGGUCUAUGCUACAAUAAGGAAAUGAGCCCUCAGCAGUCGUACUGUGACGAUUACUUCAAGUACACCUACCCUUGUACACCUGGAGCUGAUUACUAUGGCCGUGGCGCCAUUCCUAUCUACUGGAACUAUAACUACGGCAAGGUUGGACAAGGUAUCAAGGCUGAUUUGUUGAACCACCCAGAGUACAUAGAGCAAAAUGCUACCUUGGCUUUCCAGGCUGCCAUUUGGAUGUGGAUGACACCUGCGAAGAAGUCACAGCCUUCGGCCCAUGAAGUCUUUGUUGGCGACUGGAAGCCCACAAAGAACGACACCCUGUCCAAGCGCAUUCCUGGGUUCGGUACAACAAUGAACAUUCUCUAUGGCGACAAUGUCUGUGGCCAAGGCGAUAUUGAUCCCAUGAACAACGUCAUCUCCCAUUACCUGUACUACCUCGACUUGAUGGGGGUAGGCAGGGAGGAAGCAGGGCCUCAUGAGUUCCUCUCUUGCGGUGAGCAGGUUGUAUUCAACCCAUCAGCAGCGAAUCCCAGCCAAUCCUCUUGAAGCUUUCUGUAAUGGUUGUUCUAUGGAAGCCGCCUACUUUCUUGCACUGAUCACUUCUCAUAAAAUAAUAGACAGGCGUGGCUAUGAUUCUCAACCACCUUAGCUUCCAGAGGUGUGGAAUGUUCAUUAUUAUCACUACCGUGUGUGUCUAGAGCCUCCUUGAUUCAUUUGUGUCUAUAAUAUGUGUUUGGAUGAGGUUUGAAGAUUAUGAAUUUGUAUGUACUAUUUUGUUAUAUGUAGUUUCGAAUGUUGUAAUACCUUAAAUUUGAAUUUUUCAAGUUGUCUUGUUUCUUGUUCUAUUGGGUUUUCCUAGUUUCAACCAUUCUGUGAUGCGGCGGACAGUGUGUUGGCUUUGGAAGUAUAUUGUCAUUGGGAUGAACUUAUCUCUGCUGCUCCAAUGACUCACUAAACCUUGUAAUUUUGUGAUUGCCAGCUAAGCUUGUCUUUCCUUGGCGGUUAUCUGGUAUAUAAUACAUAAAUAUGCUAUUC